AUGGAACUGAUAGACGGUCUGUGUGAGUUGGAGAGUCUCGGCGCCAAUCAUCAUCAUGGGAUCAUCGCUCUCUCCACUGACAGCUUUACUCCUCAUCAUCACGAUCAGCAACAACCUCAAGUCCCUGCAGCUAUGAACUUCAACACAUAUCAUGGUCCUGAUAUUCACAGGUUCUCUAAUUCUCAUGAUCGAUAUGAUCAUCAUCAUGUCCUUAUCGCUCAAUCAACAGCAACAGAUUUCGGCGAACAAGGGGAAAAGGAAAAGCCAUUGGGAGGAAGAAAGAGGAAGAGAAACAAUACUGCUGACAAAGAUAUGAGCAAACUAAAAGAGGUCAUUCAUGUGAGAGCUAAGCGAGGUCAAGCUACUGAUAGCCACAGUUUGGCAGAAAGGGUAAGAAGAGAAAAAAUAAAUGAGAGACUGAGAUGCCUGCAAAAUCUUGUUCCAGGGUGCUAUAAGACAAUGGGAAUGGCUGUUAUGUUGGAUGUGGUAAUCAGUUACGUUCAGUCGCUGCAAAAUCAAAUUGAGUUUCUCUCUAUGAAACUUUCUGCAGCAAGCGCGUAUUAUGAUUUCAAUUCACCAGGUCAUGCAGACCCAGUUGACACAAUGCAGGGGACAAAUGCAUAUGAAGUACAAGAGAAUAUGGAGAGAUCGGAGCAAGGGUAUGGAGGAGGACUUUCUUUUAGCCAAUCAACAGCACCAUGGCCUCUUUGA